AGGGCCGAUAGUCGCUAUCGUGAUGUUGAAUCGAGUGUCCGAUCAUCUGAAAUAUGUUGUGUUUUAGAAUAUUCAUCAUAGCAAUAGUAGUCCUAACCCCAACAACUGCUGUCCACUGGAUAGCCCUUUCUAAGUGGAGAGAAGGCUGGAACAGGACUUCACAAUGCCUGUAUGCAAAAAAGAACGCUUUUCUAAAAGGCAGGCAGGUGUCACUCUGCCAGAAACACGUGGAGGUGAUGUCGCACAUUGUCUCUGCUGCCAAAGAGGCUACAAAUGUGUGCCUGGCAGCAUUCAGCGACAUGCGAUGGAACUGUUCCAGCAUCAAACUAGCUCCAUAUCUCACACCAGAUUUAACCAAAGGCACGCGAGAGCAGGCUUUCGUGUAUUCUUUGGCUUCAGCGUCUGUUGCACACAGCAUUGCGAGGGUGUGCAGUGACGGGUCCCUCACAACAUGUUCGUGUGGAUCCAUGCCGCAUGAACCUCCCCACGGAGACUUCAAGUGGGGAGGUUGCGCACACAAUGUAAAACAUGGACUGAAAUUUGCCAGGAAUUUCGCAGACGCCCCCUGGAGGCAGAAAUCUGUGAGGAAAAAUGUGGUGGCAACAGUCAACAGACACAACAAUCAAGCCGGCAGAAGAGCCAUCCGCAGUAGUCUUCAAACUGAUUGUAAAUGUCAUGGAGUGUCUGGCUCUUGCAAUAUCAAGACUUGUUGGAGAGCAUUGCCGAGGCUGUCAGAGAUAGGAGAACGUUUGAAAAGAAAAUACUAUAUAGCCACAGAGGUGAAACAGCGCCAAAUCGGAUCGAAACAUAAACUUUUACCAGCCAAUGGCAAAUUGUCGAUGUACCAAAAGAAUGACUUGAUCUUCGUCGCGAAGUCUCCAGACUAUUGUCUCAGAGAUGACAGAGUUGGAUCGAUCGGUACUCGUGGGAGGUUGUGCAAUAGUACAUCAACUGGUACGGACAGCUGCGAUUCAAUGUGCUGCGGUCGUGGUUAUAACAUCUUCACAUUGGAAACCUACAGUCGAUGUAAAUGCAAAUAUUACUGGUGUUGUUAUGUAAAAUGUGAAGUUUGCAGGACUUGGAAACAGGCACAGGAGUGUAACUAGAUCCACAACUUUUUCCUACUUCUAAGAAGUGAAAGAUUGAUCGCAAUCGAUGCUCUUCAGAUUGGAUCAAGAGAGCCUCAAGCAAGAGAUUUGGUUCAAGUGAAGUUUUUACUUUGGCCCGGUUACAACACAGCACAAAGUAUUGACUAAGAGAACUUCUACAACUCUAGUGUCAUCAGAUUUUUCACCAGUAGCACAUUACUUGAAAUUUGACUGAAACGAAAUGUCAAACAUUGUAAAUAAUUCAUAGAAAGGAGAGAAAUAUUUUUUUUUCCUCUAAAGAAAAUACAGAGUGCCCAUUCAAGUCCGCAUCCUUCUUAACACUCAAAUGGCUGAAGCAAUAGUCAUAAAAAUUGUGUCUUGUCAAGUAAUAAUAUAGUGGCUAAGCGCCACAAAAUUUGAUAGCUUAUCUGGUGAAAAGUGCGCAGUUAGCGUUACUAACUUGAAAACGGUACGAGAUAGGGGGGAAUGAAUUACAAAUUUAUAGAGCAGUAUUGAUUUACUACAAAUAGACACCUUGUGGACAUUCAUACUUUAAAAAAUGUAUAUAUAACUUGCAUAUUUGUUUGUUAGUAAUAUAUUACACGACUUGACAAAAAAAAUUGUAGAAAUAAAAGUUAUCACAAGAUAACUUUAUUUUCUA